UUUUUUUGCAUUGUCACACUCCAUCUGCCUUUGUGGCAGCAGCCAAGUCUGUUUCGUAACAACCAGUCGUGUCUGUUUUUCUGAGCUGAACAACAAAUUCUGCAGUUAACAAAAUAUUUUGCACUUGCACUACUUGAUUUGCAGUUCCAGAGGAGCUGAGACAAAGGACAGGGUGGUGAGACACCCGGAUACGCCAUGAUUCUUGUAUUACGGAACAAAUCUGUGAAGAAUAUUUCCACCAAAAUGAUUUCCCACUGUUGUUCAAGCAGCCCAACAUAGAGAACUUAUUCAACUCUUGAAUCUUAUCACCUUAGCAACCGCUUAUUUUUACAGUAUUAUAAUGAGUGAUGACAACUCAGACUCCGCCCCCAGCAAUGAUACAGAUAGAGGAGCAGGAGGGGUCGAGAAAAAAGCAGGGCUUGUAAACAGAUCCUGCAGCAUGAGUGAGAGUUCUCUCUCAUUAAAUCUGAUAAAUAGCGGGACAGGAUCAUCUCCAGGAGGGGUAUCUGAUCACAAAGUAUCUGCAGGUGACAACCGAGGGACAAAUUCUGAUGAUACGGAUGGACUAUCGAGUGGAAAUGACUCUGGGGAGAGGGAAAGUGAAGGAGGGAUGGAGAGAGGGAAUGGAUCCAGAGGGAGACAGUCGAACCAAAGUUAUCAGAGUUCCUCCAGUCAGAAUGGAAAAGACUCAGGCAUGUGUCUGGAGACUACGGAGAGCAACAAGAGCUCAAACUCUCACAGCCCCUCUCCACCCAGCAGCUCUCUGGCUUACAGCCUGUUGAGCGCCAGCUCUGAACAAGACCCGCCAUCCACCAGCGGCUGGAGCAGUGAUCAGUCUGCUCGCGUCCAGACCCAGAAAGAGCUGAUGAGAGCCCUAAAUGAGCUAAAGAUCCGUCUGCCACCAGAGAGAAAGAUGAAGGGACGCUCCAGCACUCUUAACGCACUCAAAUACGCCCUCAGCUGUGUCAGACAAGUCAGAGCCAAUCAGGAGUAUUAUCACCAGUGGAAUGUUGAGGAGUGUCAUGGCUGUAGUCUGGAUCUCUCCUCCUUCACUGUUGAAGAACUGGACAAUAUCACCUCCGAAUACACGCUCAAAAAUACAGACACAUUCUCCAUGGCGGUUUCGUUCCUGUCUGGGAAGGUUGUGUACAUCUCCCCACAGGGUUCAUCUCUUCUGCGCAGUAAGCCAGAGAAGCUGCAUGGGGUUUUGUUUUCUGAGCUUUUGGCCCCCCAGGAUGUGAGCACCUUCUACAGCAACACUGCGCCCAGCAAACUACCUCCUUGGGCCUCUUGCAUCGGCUCUGUCUCUACACCGGUGGACUGCACCCAAGAGAAGUCCAUGUUUUGUCGCAUCAGUGGAGAUAUCUCAACUAGUGGCGAUGUGAGGUACUACCCCUUCAGACUGACCCCCUACCUGCUCACGCUCCAAGACUCUGACUCUGACGUGGCUUACCCUCAACCCUGCUGUUUGCUCAUCGCAGAGAGAGUGCACUCAGGAUAUGAAGCCCCUCGCAUUCCUCCAGAUAAGAGGAUAUUCACCACCAGUCACACCCCCAGCUGUCUCUUUCAGGACGUGGAUGAGCGGGCAGUUCCUCUGUUAGGGUACCUGCCUCAGGAACUGGUGGGGACCCCAGUCCUGCUGUGCAUCCAUCCAGAUGACAGACCCAUUAUGUUGGCCAUCCAUAAGAAGAUACUUCAGUUUGCAGGGCAGCCAUUUGAACACUCUCCCUUGCGGAUGUGCACACAUAAUGGAGAGUAUCUGACCAUAGACACCUCUUGGUCCUCCUUCAUCAACCCCUGGAGCAGGAAAGUGGCCUUCAUUGUUGGCCGCCACAAAAUCAGAACGUCUCCACUGAAUGAGGACGUCUUUACCUUGUCGAGGGGUCUGGAGGAGCGGACCUUGUCCCCAGACAUCGCUCAGCUCAGUGAGCAAAUCCACAGGCUCCUGGUGCAGCCUGUCCACAGCGGCAGCUCUCAGGGCUACAGCAGCCUGGCCAGCAAUGGAUCCCACAAGCACCAGCCCAGUGCCGCCUCCUCAUCAGACAGCAGUGGACCGGGUCUGGAGGACCCCUCACAGCUCCAAAAACCUAUGACCUUCCAGCAAAUCUGCAAAGAUGUUCACAUGGUGAAGACCAGUGGACAACAAGUCUUCAUUGAAUCCCGCAACCGACCUCCACCUAAAAGACAUUCCACUGCAGGUGCUUUGCAAGCAGGUGGAGCAGCAGUGCCGGGCCCCAGUCUCAGUCCUAGAGCUGCACCACCCUCGAAGAGCUCCGCACCCUCCCUGAUCGUGCGUAAGGAGCCGCCCACCACCUACUCUUAUCAGCAAAUCAACUGCUUGGAUAGUAUUGUAAGGUAUCUGGAGAGCUGUAACAUCCCAAAUACGGUGAAGAGGAAGCGUGGCUCUUCCUCUUGCACUGCCUCCUCCACCUCUGAUGAUGACAAACAACAGGAUGCUCCAGGCAAUGCUAAAGGUCCAUCUGUGUCUCUGGUAGAGGAGAGUACAUUGUUACCCCCACUGGCCAUGCACAGUAAAGCUGAAAGUGUAGCCUCGGUCACCUCUCAAUGCAGUUUCAGCAGCACCAUCGUCCAUGUGGGGGACAAGAAACCUCCUGAGUCAGAUAUCGUAAUGGAAGAAGCCCCGCCUGCUCCGAAUGCUGCUCCUCCUGCCACUCAACUCCAAGCUCCUCCCACAACCAUGCCCUCUCUGCCGCCUAGUGCUGCUCCUGAUAGGGAUGCAGGGAGAAGAGGAGGUCCAGGAGGAGCAGGGGCAGCUGGAGGAUCCGGAGGAGGAGAAAGGUUGGGUCUCACGAAAGAGGUCCUGUCGGCUCACACACAGCAAGAGGAGCAGAACUUCAUGUGCCACUUCAGAGACUUGAGCAAACUCCGAGUGUUUGACCCAACCUCAGCUUUGCGCCAACGAGCAUCUGUACCCUUAGCAAGAGGUGUGCGCUGCUCUCGUGAUUACCCGGCAGCAGGUAGUAGCGGGCGUAGACGUGGUCGAGGAGGCAAAAGACCAAAGCACCAGGAAUCUGCAGAGCAAGUGCGGUCUCGUAGCCCAGCUGGCCCACAACGAGGCCUCUACCCUGGGGUUCCCGCUCUGGACAGGCCCUCUAAUUCCUCCAUACCCAUGGGUCCUGCAGCCAGCUCCUCCUCCUGGCCUACCUCAGGGUCACAAGCUAGCGUUCCCUCGGUCCCGUACCCACCCAGCGUCCUUCCUUUAUAUCCCGUCUAUCCCUCACUCGCCCAUCCCAUCUCAGACCCCAACAUACAGACAGGACUACGCUUCCCCCUUCAGAACACGCAGAUGGUACCUCCCAUGGUCCACCCAAUGAUGGCGUUGGUAUUACCCAACUACAUGUUCCCACAGCCCAACAUGGGCAUGCCUCAGCCCUUCUACAGCCCAAACUCAGCUUUCCCUUUUCCCGCUCUCAACACGGUCUCCCCUGCUCCCUGUCAGGUCUCGACCCCAGUACCACGCGUCCACUCUCGCUCCAGCACCCCUCAGUCCUACAUCCAAAGAGAGGCAGUGGCUGAGAGAGAAGGAGCAGAGUCUCCACUCUUUCAGUCUAGAUGCUCCUCACCCUUAAAUCUGCUGCAGCUGGAGGAGUUGCCAAGCAACCGGUUUGAGGUGGCGUCAGGACAACAGACCACAUCUCCUAUGGUGGUACAAGGGGGUGGAGCAGUAGGACAGGCCUCCUCCAAUCAGAGAGGUUCAGCGGUGGAUUCAAAAGAGCAUGAAAAUGGUGAAACAAAUGAGUCCAAUCAAGACGCUAUGUCCACCUCCAGUGAUCUGCUAGACCUGCUGUUACAGGAGGACCCUCGCUCAGGCACUGGUUCAGCCGCCUCAGGCUCUGGGUUAUCAGGGACAGGCUCCUCUGGGUCGGGCACAGGGUCUUCUGGAUCAGGGUCCAAUAGCUGCAGCUCUUCAGGAAGUGCAACUAGAAGCAGUCAGAGCAGCCAUACAAGCAAGUACUUCGGCAGCGUGGACUCAUCAGAGAACAGCCACUCUCACAAGCAGACGGCAGGGAGUGAUGGAGAGGCACAGUUCAUCAAAUGUGUCCUACAAGACCCCAUCUGGCUCCUCAUGGCCAACACGGAUGAAAAGACUAUGAUGACCUACCAGCUGCCCAUCCGAGACAGAGAUUCUGUGUUGAAAGAGGACCGCGCUGCUCUGAGAGCCAUGCAGAAACAGCAGCCUCGCUUCACUGAGGAGCAGAAGAACGAGUUGAGUCAGGUCCACCCCUGGAUCCGUACUGGACGCCUGCCUCGUGCUAUCAACAUUUCUGCAUGUAUGGGCUGUAGGUCCUCUCCCUCUGUCCCCUCUGCGGCCCCCUUCGAUGUCGAGAUCCACGAGAUGGAGCUCUGCAGUGUUUUAGAGGUGACAGAAGAGGGCGCCACUGCUGAGAAACACACCCAAGCAGACACGGCCAUGGCUGAGGGACAAGACGAGACCUGCAAAGACCAGGAGGUUAAGAACGAUGGGACUAUUAUGACACCCCAAAUCAAUGACCAAGAAAUGAUGAUAGAAGAACAGGAAGUGACCUCACGGAUCGAGGAGGAAAUGGUUGCCUCACUUACACAGAUGACACACUAAAGACACGAGUCCGUGGGAUCCUGAUGAUGACAUUUGAGUACACAUGAAAUUAUCUAAUUGUAUUUAUUUCUAUAAAUAAAUGCUAAUUAGCCAGGAAGGCUGACAGAUGAUGAAUGUAAAGCAGAAAUGCUUUGUUGAAAGACUGUGAUUACCAUAAAUUUUAGGUAUUUUGGUUAUUGCAAAGAAGUUAUGAUCUGUUGGCGGGAAAUAAAGGUUAGCUUUAGACCACUCUGGAUUUGACCUUGAUAUGCCAGCUGUUCAAUUCCAGUUCUAGUGACCUGCAAAAACCCAUUUUGUGGCAUGCUAAACAACUAUUUCAAAUGUUGUCAAAUGGGCUAAGUAAGGGCUCUUCACACCGAGGAUGAUAUCUAUAACCAUAAAUAUAACUAUAAAGCUUUAAUAAUCUAAUUCUAUAAGAAGAGGGAAGUCCACACCACUGG